CGGUUUGUUUACAACUGAUUUAAGAAGCCCUGGGAUGAGACUGACCCAAGUUGGCUACCUGCUCAGGUUCCAUUGCGAAGCAAACAACCUUCUGCUAGAACACCGAUAUCCGCACCUCGUCCUCGUCGCCAUGACUACUGACCGUGUUUUCCAGCUUGUGGGCAGCUGCAACAACUAUCCCUGGGGGAAGCAGGGACAAGAAUCGCUCGCCGCGCAGUUGUGCAGGAAGACCGACAAGAAGUUCCAGAUCAAAGACGAUGAGCUCUACUCGGAAAUGUGGUUUGGGGACUACCCUGACUACCCAGCCCGCGUGUUGGAAACAGGCGAACUCCUGAAGGAUGUGCUCGAUAAGAACAAGGAGAAGCUCCUCGGCAAGAAGGUCAUCAAGCGCCUUGACGGUCAACUCCCUUUCCUCCCCAAGAUCCUCUCCAUCGCAAAGGCUCUGCCACUGCAACUCCACCCCAACAAGGAGCUGGCCGCCAAGUUGCACGCGAAAGACCCCGAGAACUUCACCGACCCGAACCACAAACCCGAAAUCGCCGUGGCGCUCUCCAAGUUCGAAGUCUUCGCCGGGUGGAAGCCCCUGUCCGAAAUCGAGCCCCUGUUCCGACUGCCCGCUCUCCGCCCCUUCGUCCCAGGGGACACGACCCAAUGGGCCGACCAGACGCUCCGCGAGGUCACCCGCAAGCUCCUCUCCGCCGAUGAAAGCACCGUCAAACAGACCGAAGCCGCCCUGCUCUCCACCUCCAGAUCGGAGCUCGGCGACGCAGCUUACAUCCUCGACCUGCUCCCGCGUCUCCAGAAGCAGUACGGUCCAGAAGACCCGGGCUCGCUGGUGGCGCUCACGUGCAUGAACUUCAUGGUCCUCGAAGCGGGCGACGCGCUGUACAUACCGGCCGACGGCAUCCACGCCUACCUGAGCGGCGACAUCGUCGAGUGCAUGGCGCGCAGCAACAACGUGCUGAAUUCCGGGUUCUGCCCGCCUGGCGACAGGAACAACAUCGAUAUGUUCACGGACACGCUCACGUUCAAGGCGCAUUCCAAGGCGGAUAUGCUGUUGCCGAGCAGGGAGACGCCGAAGAGUAGGACGGGAAAGACCAGGGUGUAUAGGCCGCCCAUGAGCGAAUUUGAUAUGCUACGGGCGGAGUUGGGCCCCGGUGAAGAGGAUGAGAUCGCGGAGAGUGAGGGCCCCGGGGUGAUGAUCGUUGUGAGGGGAAGCGGAAGAAUGGAGGCGGAUGGGGAGAGGUUUGAGUUGGCCGAGGGCGCGAUUUGGUUUGUCGCGCCUGGGGUGAAAGUGAGCUGGAUGACGGAUUCAGGGAUGGAGAUUUACAUGGCAGUGGUGUAAGGACAGCGAGGCUGUUAAGAGACAAUGAUGGUACAUGACGGCGUUAGUGCUGCAGGCUUGGUCUCAAUUGAAGCUUCAAGUUGUAGUUACCUCUUCAUGAUCGCAGUGUUCGUUUUGGACGCGAGGGCCACUCCCACCCAAAGCGGGCUUACGUGAUGUCAUCGUCUUGGCUGUAGGACUGUGAUAG